AUGCUGCUUCUUCUGCUCCUGGUGGCGCAGCAGUCGAGGACGGCGCACGCUGCGCUGUCCGCCUGCACAGCAGUGCCGCCCGUAUGCUUGUGGCCCCUGCCCGCGAGCCCGCGGCCGGCCCCUUCGCCUGUGGUGAGCCCGCUGCCGGUUGUGCCCGCGGCGCCGGUCGCAGCAGCGCCGCCCCUAACCGCAGGGGCAGCUGCGACCCCUGUCCUGCCGGCCCCCGCCGCGGCUGCAUACCCCGCCGCGCCGACCCCCGCGGCGCCGGUCGGCCUCGCGGCACCGACGCCCGUCGCCGCUGCGGCUUCGGGCGCGCCGCUCGACGCCGCGGCGCGGGCCGCGCUGACCGCUCAGCUGCUGCAGCAGAUGUAUGGCGGCGCCAAGGAGCGCGGUUUCCUUUCGGAUCCAAGAGCGCUUACAGUCCCCCAGCGCGUGUCAGCCGCAGACGUGGGAUCCUCCACGCCGCCGCUGCCUUCUGCCGAGAAGCAGGCGCUGCUAUACGGGCAUCUGCAGGCAGUCGUGUCUGCCCAGGAGGCCGACGUGGCCGCGAGCGGCACCCCAGCACACCGGCGGCGGCUGCACGCCCAGGCCCAGGUGCCCUCGGCAGUGCCCGCGCCGCCGCCGGCCCAGGCGGCCGCGGGGGACGUGCUGCAGCGGCUCCAGGCGCCCGCUGUGACGCCCACGCUGCCGCCGGCGGCCCAGCAGCAGAUCUACACAAACCUGCUGCUGUCUGCAAUGCAGGGCACGCCCCCAUCGGGCGCCUCCCCUUCCCCCUCCAUCAAGCCGCCGCCAGGGGCGGCCCCGAGCCCCAGCCCAGCCGCGGCGCCGCAAGCCUCGCCUUCUCCAAAGCUGCCGGCGCCGCCAGCCGGACCCUCGCCUUCGCCUGCGCCGGCAGUCAACAGGCGCAGCGCGGUGGUCAACGUGGUCAACUCCCAGCACGGCGUGGUCAACGCGGUCAACGACGUCAACGUGCCAAACGGCAGCGGGCAGCCGCAGGGGCAGCUGUUGCAGGACCUGACGUUCCUUUCAAACGACCGGCUGUCUGUCGGGAUCGACGUGCGGCGGGGUGGCGUGGUCGGGCAGGUCUCGAGCAGCGACAUGCCGGCGCCGUUUGCGGGGAAGAACCUGAUAAAUGUCUGGGACUGCGGGCGGCUGCUGCAGCAGUCGUUCUAUGGCUGCGAGGACGGCUCGUGCUGGGCGGCCAGGGCGUGGCGCUGGAACCCAGAUUACUCACUGCUGCCUGAUGCGCUCGCGGCCACGUAUGCCAUGACCUACAAUGGUCCCAACCCGCAGCCGCUGCGCACCCAGGAGACCCCCGCCUUCUUUGCGGACCGCCGCCUGAGCGUGCUGGUCUUCUAUGAGGGCCCAAAGCCCUGGACUGGUGACAACCUGAGAUUCACUAUGCCAGGGGGCAACAACGGAUACUACACGCCAACAGAGAGCAACGCGCUCAUGCAGCUUAAGAUCCGGCUGGCCGGCAGGUACCGUGUCGGCCCCGACAACAGCACCCGCGUCAGCGACACCUCGUACUUUGCCCUGACCACGCGCUUCGCCAUCCAGCCAAAUGCGACCUACAAGUACACUGCAUACGUUGCCCUUGGCCGCAUCGCCGACAUCCGCCGCACCUUCCAGCGCAUCGCCGCAGACCUCGGGCUUGCGCCUGCGCCCGCGCUCGCGCCGGCCGCGCUGGGCGGCGUCAGCCUGGAGAGCGCGUAUGAGGGCGGCGACGUGGCAGGAGGUACAAGCAUGCCGGGAUACUCAUACAUGCAGCUGGGCGACGGCAACACGACCACAGCGGUGUUCAGACCGUCGUCGCUGCGACCAUCCAAUGUAGAAUGGUUUGGGGGUGCGUACGGCGUUUUCGACAAGCCGAAGCUGCCCCUGCCGCCGCCAAAGGCCUCGCCGGUCCCGUCGCCGGCCGCCAAGGCCACCCCGGCUUCGCCGGCUGCUGCCAAGGCGUCGCCGGCAGCGCAGCUGGCACCUGUCAAGGCGGCGCAGGCGCCGUCAGCUAUGGCGUCAACACCCGCUGCGGCCUCACCCGCUGCUGCCAAGCCGGUGCAACCCUCGCCGGUGCCUGCCGCCAAGGCCGCUGCGCCGAUCGCGGUCGCCAGCAAGGCGGGCAGCCCGUCCCCAGCGGUGGUGCUCCCAUCGUUGUCGGCCGCCCCAACGGCGUCGCCACGGCCGCAGCCGCAGCCGCCAGCGGCACCCGCAGCCCCGCAGCCGCCGGCCUCCAAGGCCCAGGCCGUCUUGGCCCUGGUGCAGGCGAUUCUGGAUGCGGCCAACACGAUCAAGGCAGCCCGGGCGGCUCAGCAGGCAGCGCAGGCCGCGGCUGUGCAGGCCCCCUGCGGUGCACAACAGCACCACAGCUGCGGUGCACAACAGCACCAGAGCGCAUACUCCGGCGCACAACAGCACCAGAGCAGCGGCGCAUAA